AUGGCGAAAGACGUUCACGAUGCCUUGGUUCAUGUCGUCCACAAACACGGAGAGAAGAGCGAGAAUGAUGCCGAAGAAUUUAUUAAGAACCUUCAUAACAAAGGAAAAUACUCCGUCGAUGUCUGGAGUUAAGGAAUACCGGGUCAAUAAGUAGGGAAUACUAGCUAAAAAAUUAAGGAAUAUUAGCUGGAAAGUUAGGGAAUAUUAACUUGAAUCAGUAUUCUGUAAUUCUUGCGGAAACAUGCCUCCUGGCCAUGCUUCCUGAAUUUGGGGAAAUUAGGAAACAUUAUUUCGUAGCGAUAUUUCUAGGAAACAUAAUUUCGUAGCCAUAUCUCUAGGAAACAUUGUUUUCGGAGUAGCCAUAUUUCCAGGAAACAUUGUUCUGAAUUUAAAGUUUUCUAAAUAUAAGCGCGUCGUCUUGCACGUCACAAGCAAUCUCCUUAUAUAACAUAAUAUUAGGCAUUAACGGCGCUGAAUCGCAUCACAGAAUACAUGGUUUGGAGACUCGAUGAAAGUACAAUAUAACUCAUUAACUAUGUUGGUUUCGGUUUAUGCAAGAAUUUGGGCCUAUCUCGUCACGUGUGUAUUGUAUUUUAUUUGGGCCUAUUCUCGUCACGUGUGUAUUGUAUUUUAUUUGGGCCUAUUCUCGUCACGUGUGUAUUGUAUUUUAUUUGGGCCUAUCUCGUCACGUGUGUAUUGUAUUUUAUUUGGGCCUAUUCUCGUCACGUGUGUAUUGAACUUGUUAUUGGUUAUUUGAGCGAAAAUACAAUACACACGUGACGAGAUAGGACCAAAUUCUUGCAUAAAGCUGGACAAUAACAUAGUUAAUGAGUUAUAUUGUACUUUCAUCGAGUCUCCAAACCAUCUAUUAAAAUAAUUGUGAUCGCAUAUACAAACGAUUUUAAUAUAUCGACAUUACGCGAAUUAACUGGCAACUUGGCAUUGGAUUAAUCCAAUCUCAUAAAGCUGUAAAACUGUCAUUUUGUAGCUAAUACCAUAGACAAUUAGAUAGACAUAGACAAUAGGAUUGUCUAUGCUAAUACUAGAGCGAUUUGAUAUGAAAAUAUACAAAAAUUAUCAUUAAGUGAGAGAGAAUAUUAAUCAGCAUUUCAGUAAAUCUGGUUCACUUAUUUAAUUGAAUUUGUACUCAUUUGUACUUACAACCUUUCAUCCGUUUCCCGCAAAUCCGUCAUUCCGCUGUCUCUCAUUCAUACUCGGUACACCCAUUCGCAGGCUAAAACCAUAGAGAUACUGAGGGGAGGAGGGUGAUUUCCACUUUCACUUUUCUUUCCAGGAAAUGCGAUUAUGCGCAUUUUCACAGGAAUUACCCUCUGGGAAUUUCCCGUACACAGUUCCAGUGAAAUAAAUAAUGUAUCUUGUUUUCUCAGGAUUGUGUUAGUUUUAAGCGACAAAAACCACCCAACGCUUUCACAAGCGCAUCUUCGACUUGUGCAGUGCAUUACUGUGUAUAUAAAACUCGCCAAGAAAGUGAAGAAAUCUGGUAAGAUUCAACCGAAUACCUUGCAGCUUGUGUGUUUUGAUAUUUGUAAUACGGUAGUUACAGGCCGUUACAUAAAUGUUGCAAUUUCAGCAAUUAUUCAGUAUCUUUGGAAUUUAUACUUUACAGAGACAUAGAUUAUGUAUAAAUUGGAUUUAGGCGUUUAUUUAACGUGUAUAAAAUGCAUAAUAACAAGAUCCCCUUCAUCCCUAGACUUCAGGUGCUAUUUAAAUUCACCAAUCUAUGAAUCUAGUAACUAAUGAUACGAGCAGACAGACUGUUUUAUAUUUAUGACUGACGAUAGUAAAUUUUUUACACUGAGACGUUAAACGCAAGAUGAAAGUGUGUUCAAAUUUUUAGGAUUAUAGCAAAUACCAAAAUAAAUCCUAUUGAACAUAUGUGUAAAACUUUUCUUGUAAAUAUUUGUAGAAUGGUCUCAGUUGUCAUGGCUGCAGCCGCAACAGUUGGAAUGAUUGGAAAAGCAUUUGAUGAAGGUAUUAAAGGUUUGAAACAUAAAAACAAUGUCCGUAAAAACAUCAUGCAAGUGUCCGGUGACCUGAGUGAAACAUUCAAGAUCCGUGUGGAGACUCCUGAAGUGUUGAUUUUGAAGAUUCAAAAUUCUGGUCAUAUCAAAUUGUCAUUGGUUCGUUCUGGUGCGUUUACAGCUCAUAUUGAGGGGAUGGUCAGUCACAUUGGGUCGUCAGAAGAGGUUAUUUAUCAAAGGUCGUACAGAUCUGAUAAAGGAGGGUAUGAGCAUACUCUAGAUGUGAGCAGUGGUCAUGUAAUAAGCAUUGCAAUGGAAGCCCACCAUUUUGUUAGUGCAGUUGUUGGGCAAGGCUCAAGUGAAAUGGAUUUUAAAUUAGAAUAUUAA